UAAAAUUAUAAUUUUUGAAAUCUAUUUGUCAAAUUUUAUCAGUUUGUGAAAAAACAUAUUGAAAUUUUUAUAUCCCGAAAAUUAAAGCUUUAUUCUUAAAAAUAACAAUUUAAUAAAUUAUUUUCAUUAUUUAUAUGAAAAUUUGACAAUUUGAAAAAUUCCGUAACUGAGAAAAUAUAGUAGAAAAUAUAUGGUCAAGAUAUCAAGAGAAAUGAAGAAAAUAAUAAAAUGAAAAAUAGAAAAAAUUAUUGAAUAUCGAGAAGUCGGAAAUGUUAAUUUUAAAAAGAAAAAGAUAAAAAAGAUAAAAGAAGCGAAAAUUUAAUAGAACAAAGAAAUUGAAAUUAGGUAUAUUAUAAAACGUCAGAGAGAGAGAGAGAGAGAGAGAGAGAGAGAGAGAGAGAGAGAGAGAGAGAGAGAGAGAGAAGAAGAAGAUGAAAGAGAUCUUAAUGAAAAAAAAUUCAGAAAUAACAUUAAAAAUUUUUAGAAAAUGGAUAAUGUUCUGAUAACAUGACAAUUAUCUGAUAUAAAUGAUUUAUUUAUAUCAGAUACUAAAAUUUUCGGAUAAAAGAAGAGAGAGAAAAUAUAAAGAAUAUAUAAGAUUUAGAACAAUAUAUUUCAGAAUAAAUAAUGUGAGAUAAAAAAAAACUAAGAAUCAAGAUAGAAAUGAGAGCAAUUAAGAAAAAAAGAUUUAGAGAAUGAAAGAAUAUAGAUAAAUGUAUGUAUAAAAAAAAGAAAAUAAAAUAGAAAAAGAAAAAAGAAAGCAAAGGAAAUAUAUUGAGAAAAAAUAGAUAUAGUCAAUUGAAAAUAAGGAAAUAUAGUGAAGAUUUUAGAAGAAAAAGAUAGAUAAAUAUAUAAAGUACAAGAAAAUUUCGGCAAAAUACAAAAAUUCAGAUAUAAUGGGAAAUAUAAAUAUAUAACAACCACAAUUGAAGUAUUUAGUGAAGAAGAAAAUAAAAACAUAGCUAAAAAUUUGCCAGAGUUAAAUAUAGAAAUAUAAAUGAAAAAAAUAAAUAUUAAUUAUUAUAAAUAGCAAGAAAAAAGGAAUAACAAUAUGAAUGAAUGAGAAUGAAAGGAACAUUAAAGUAUAUAAUAGAGGAAUGUGAUAUGUUAAAUAAAUAGAAGAUUAUAGAUAAAAAGAACGAACGGAAGAAAGCAAAAAAGUAGUAAAAUGAUUUAAAUAUGUGGAAAAUAAAAAAAACAGGAAAGAAAAAUAAGAAAAGUAGAAGAAAAGCAAAUGCAAGAUAAAAAUGAAUGAUGAAAUAAGUGUAAAUACAACAUAGUAUUGAAAAUAAAAUUAGAUAAUACAAUAUUUAAGAGUAAAAUUAAGAAGUACAACAUAAAUAAUAUAUAAUUGAAUAAUAGAUAAUAAAUCAAGCGAUAGAUUAAAAUAUACUGGUAAUGGUAGUAUGUUAAGUAAAUAAGUUAAUAUGGAUCUAUGAUCUAUGAUCUAAUGUGAUUUACAAUAAUUUUAUUCGCGAUGUAUACUUAGAAACAGUUCGUCGCGGAAAAGUGGUAACAACCCCACCUGGUUUAUUCGGGUGCGGCCUUUCCCCUUCGUCUAUAAAGCCACUAGAAAUCCACUUCUACCGAACAUUCACUCGGCGCUUCGUCACUUAUUUGUUCACCAUGUGGCUGCUUAUCCUCGCAGGUCUUUUAGCGGUUUCCGUGAGUGAGGAGACGAUUUCAAAUGCAGCUGAAAAAACAAAAGUUUCCCCAGAUGAUACAGAUGAUAUUGUCAUGUUGGAAAUCGAUGUCAAGGAACCUGUAAAGAGAUCACCGAUUUCAACCUCUGCCGAAUAUGGUCCUCCAUCCAAUCAAUACAUUCUUCAAUCAACUGAUGGUACUCAAGAGUUAUCACCGGAGUACUUAUCUGUAAUACCACAAUAUGCACAAGAAGUAUCGCAAUCGCCUGCCUCUUCAAGAAGAGUACAACCAGGAUACUCAAAGCAACAACAAUCAUUGCAACAAGCUUAUUACAACUACCGAAAGCCAACAGUAGUACCACCUCGACCUCGUGCUCAACUUCAUCCUCAAGCUUUAGCUCAAGCUGAAGUAGCUGCAGAAAUUCAAGCUCAUGCCGAAGCUCAAUCUCGCUCAGAAGCUAUUCGUACCGCACAUUUAGGUUUGAAACCUUCUGCAUAUCAAACGUCAUAUUCUCAACCAAAAUUAGGAACAUUCGAGCAAGAAUUAUUACAAUUAGUCUCAGCUAAUCAAGCCCAAGAAUUUAAAUUGCUACCAACACAACCUAAAGGAAGUACAUCAGCAUAUUCGCAGCAAUUAGUAAGUUAUCCAGUUCAAUAUGCAAAAUCAACAGUGCAAGCAUCUCAAUUACCUGAACAAUAUCAUAUUGAAACUUCUCCACCACGAUAUCAACAACAACAACAACAACAACCUGUUUACCAGUCAGUCGAGGAGCCUGCUCAAUAUCAAGCAAUUCAAUCAACCAAAGCUUCACAAUAUGAUUACGCAGUCGACGACGAUGCGUAUCAGAAAGCCCUUGAACAAGCUCAAGCUCAAGCUCAAGCUCAAGCAGAAGCGCAAGCAUUAGCUUUUCAGAAAAUUGCGCAAGCUGCAUAUAAAAAACAUCAUCAAGAUGCAUUAGCCCAUAUGAGGAUCACGAACGAACAUUACAGACAACAAUCUGCUUUAGAACAGAUUCAACAAGGUUCUAAAGUAAGUGAUGCUGGACGUGCUCAUUUACAAGAACAACUACACCCAAAAGGAGCAGAAGCUGCUUAUAAAGCAAAACUGAAAGCUCAAAUAGCUGCAGAAGCAGCUGAAGCAAGAAAAUUACAACAAGCGCAAGAAUUUAAGGCACACGCUGAUGCUAUUCGUAAAUUGGAAGCUCAACAACAAGCUCAUUUGAAAAUACAAGAAGAGGUUCAUAAUUACGCUUUGAAUUUUGAAAAAAAUCAAGCUCGUGCUCAAGCUUUAGCGCAAGCUCAAGCCGAAGCUCUUUAUAAAUCCCAACUUCAAGCUCGUAAUCAAGCUAAGAACGAAAUUUUAGCGAUAUCUAAGGGUCAAGUGCAAGCAAAGAAAGUUGAUCCAGAUUCAUCUGUGUAUCACUAUACACUUUCAACUAGUACUGCUCUUCCUUUAUUAAACAAUUAUUUUACUAAUGAUCAGUUACAAAAACAUCAAGCGUCUGGUUCUUAUGUUCCUAGAUCAGUUUCAAAAGUCGAUGAUACAAAUCCUGUUGUUGAAACGGUACCUCGAGUGCAAUCUGUUAUUACGCAACCACGCCAAACUCAUAAAUUAAAGAUACCUUCUUCUUCUCAGUCGGUUUAUGUGUCUGAAUCAGGUUUAUUAAAAAAGUCACCCAUCAAAUCAAUAACUAUUGAAGAAGUCACUAUCGAACCCGAUCAAAUCGGUAAUCGUCCUACACCUAAAGGACAUAUUCUAACAGAAGAAGAUUUAUCAGCAUUGAUUAAUGCAGGAUAUACUGUUACUCCUAUACCGCAAACUGAUAAAUCUGCUCAACAAAUAUAUGCAACUGAUAAUACAUCUGUCGGUUAUUAUACGAAAAAACAAAAAGCUCCUCUUACAAGGUCUGAAUACGUUACUUAUGAAGAAGUGAUUCAACGUCCACGUAAACUUAUCAGGAAAAAUAGGCCGAUUUUAAAGCAUAGUGAAAGUGAAGGAAGUGAUGCAAGUGCAAAAAUUACUUAUUUGGUACCUCUUGAACCAACUUUUGGUACAAGACAACCUUUGCUAAAACAUGAAGAAUGAUUUGAUUUAAAUUUGGCUUUUUCUUAUCCUCGUUGCGUUACAAGUUUAGAAUAAUGCGUAUCUAGUUAAAAUACUGUCUUUACAGUCUAUCUUUCAUUUUUCAUAUUAUAGUAAAAAUCAUAAAUUUCAAUCAUAAUUGCUUUCUAAGUUUUUCUGCUGCAAGUUCCGUGAAAAUUGCAUCCAACUUAUUCCAUCCUAUUCACAUCAAACCUAUUUGUUCACAUAUUUGUUUUAUAUUAAAGUCGUCAUGAGAUAUCUUUUGUUUUUAUUAAAAUAUUUUUUUUCAAUAUAUAUAUAUAUAUAUAAUUAAUAUUAUAAUUUUAAUAAAUCAAAACAAUAAAUAAGAUUAACUUAUAUUUUUAUAUGAGAAAUUAAAAAAAUCGUUUGUUGAAGAUUAAUUCUUUGACAAUAUAAUAAAAUUAUAAAAAUAAAAUUAUAAAAUGUUCAAAAUAACUUAUAGAAUAAUUAUUUUUUUAUUACUAAGAUUUUUGAAUUAUUGAUUUUAUAUAAAAAAAUUUUUAUAAAAAAACUUUCAAUUUUUUGUAGUCAACAAUUUUUAUUCUAUCUAUUAUCUAUCUAUAGAUAAUAUAAUUUUAUUCUAUCUAUAGAUAGAUUUUUAAAACAUAAAAUUUGUAGAAUUAUUUUCUAUAUUUUGCAUACAUUUAAUAUACUAUGAAAAGAUUAUUAUGGAAUAAUAUUGUUAUUGUUUUAUUAUAAUAUAAAUAUAAUUUAUAUAAAUUUUAAUCAAAAAAUAUAAAAUUAAUUUUUUUCAUGAUGUAUAAUUAUUACAAUAUUAAUUGUAAAACAUAAUGAUGACUUUUAAUUUAUAGAUGCAAUAUAAACUUUCUUUUCAUUUUCAAAGGCUUUUUUCAGUUUAAUAUUGCUUUAAAUAUGAUCAAAUAUAUUGAAUGACUAAUAUAAGAAUUUGGUACAAUAUCUAUUAAAAGUAUAUCUAUUAAAAGUUUUUAAAUGUCUUUUAUUUUAAAAUAAAAUUUAUAUAUAAUUAACAUAAUGAUGAAAUUGAAUCAAAGUCCUUAAAAAAUGGAUGUACUAUGUGAUCGUUAAUGGUUUAAUUUCAUAAGGUAAAUGAGUAAUAAUACUCUUGUAUGCAAUAUCAUUUGCGGGCGAUGUCAUGUGCGAUGGUGCUGAGUUGAAUCAUUUUAAUUUAUACUACUUGUAUAUAUUAGAUUUUUACUAAAUAAAACAAUUCAAAAAUUUUGCUCUAUCA